CCUUCACACCUGUUUCCAAUACUAUCAAUUACAUGUUGUGUAAUUAACCCUCUGUUUCCCCUCAUGUACUUGUCGGAGAUUGUUUUAUUGUAUGUUAUGUGCAAGUCAUGUGAUUUUGUACCCAAUAUUUUUGUAUAUUUUGUUUUAUUUGGAGUUUUAUGAGCAGUUAUUAAACGACUCCGUUUAUACCAAGUUUGUUUUCCUGCGUCUGACUUCCCUGCCACCGACACGCAACCAUUACGCAACCAUUACACUUAGGUCAUUGUUUUAUUGCCGCCAUGUGUGUCAGGAAGUCUGUUAUGAUCACUUACAAUUUAUUGCUGUAAUUUAUUGCAAUGCUAUUGACUGAAGCAAAUGUAGGCUACCAGUGAUCUGCAAAAUGCAAAAAUACUUUUCUGAAGCAGCCAGCCUUAUGCUAGUAUGGCUGCUGCUGACCUGUUUUUUUUGUACAAAGACAUGCUUGUCCUGAACUGAGCAAUGCACAUACUAGCUUUAUGGUUCACUACGCAUCAUAAAUGAUUAUGUUGAAUAAAGGCAUGUCUUGUUCCUAUUGAAGCAGCUCAACGCUAAUGCCUGUGGGAAAUCCAAUGUUUGUUCAUUCAUUCAUUAACUCAUUCAUUCGUACUGCACCAUAGAAACCUUAGAAAUCCAUGUGUGUGGGAUACUCCACUAAUGUUCUUAUCAAGUAAUAAGAAUUUCUUUAUUAGCCUGUGGACAUCUUUUUCUUCUUAUACAUAUUUCAGCUCUCAUUAACAAAAUGUAGUUAAAUUGUCUGACAAUCCUCCUAAAGAAAUAUGUUUACCGUAGUCAAAACCUGUUCUGAAGGCAAGCAUGUGCCUUGGGGGGAGGGUAUCUGUUUCCCCUAGUUCCACUACAAACCACAUGACUGUUUGAGAUAUUGCAUAAUCUAUUAUGUGGUGGAUAUCCUGUCCACACAAUGAGAAAACAGACAGUCUGGUAGCCUUCAGAUGGUUGGGGUGAAUCCUAACACUGGUUGCUUUGACGUUUUAUGUCCUGGAAGAUGCACACUCCAGCCAACACACCAGCAACACCUCCAAACUUCCCAGACGCACUGACCAUGUUCUCCCGCCUCAAGGCCUCAGAGAGCUUCAACGCCAGCAGUCCCAUAGCCUCCAUGGCGACCUCUCCUCCUCAGGUCAACUGGGCUAUGGGCCCUUCUGCCCCAGGUCAGACCCAGCAGGGCCUGUGGACUUCUGGGCAGAUGCCCUCUCAGGUGCCUCCCCCUGGGUGGCCCCAAGCCGUCACACAGCAGGCCUCCAGUGAACAGGCCAGCGUCACCAUGGAGGCAGAGAGAUGAGAGCACUGCAGGGGCCUCGCGAUAACAAGAGGAACCAAUAUCGGGCGGUUCUCUUUGACAAAAUGAGAAAUGAAUUGUCUGCAAGGGAGAGCAGAAAACCAAGUGAUGUUGUGGACAUGCACUGAGGACAGGAAGGAGGAAUUAUGAGCAUACAGCUGAUGAACAUUCACAUGACGCCACAUUGUACAAAUUUGCAGACAAUUUUAGUUAGGCAUACGUCUCAUUUUUUUCCAUUGAUCUGAAACCAGAGACACAGGUGGACUUGUAUAACUAGUGCCGAAGAAGGAUCUUCUUGUUGUACACACCGAUGUGUAUGACAGUGUCAUCUUUCCUUUGUCUUUCUGGAGUGGUGUCAAUGGACUGGAUGCCUUUGAUACUGGGGGUGCACUGCAUAAAUAACAUCAUUCUUCUUGAUUUUUUAACCAGUGUAAGUGUGUGAAUAUCAUGUGUUCUAGUAUUCUAAUGUGCUUAGAAACCAACUUGGAUCUGCUUUUUCAAACAUUGGGCAAUGACUUUGACUGUCUCACUCACACAAUCAAGGAACACCAGCUAGCCAAUCCAACUUAUGUUUAAUAAGCAACUUUGCAAACUGCUCCUCUUUGUAUACAGUGUUUCUGUCUGCAUUGAAUGCUAAAGGAUGUUAUACUGCAAUCAUGGUUCAGUGUUUUUUGUAUGAUUUUGUUUUCAGCCACUAGUGUUCAGAGGAAAAGUGAGAUAAAGGUUUCUGUCAGAGCGAGACUUCUUGCUUGAUAUUCCAGCUGUGCACCAUCUCGAAGUAGCAGACAGAUAGUUUUUGAUACAGUGUUGUUGUUGCUUAAGAUGGAAAUCAACAUAUUAGGGGAAAAUAAUAGGGAAAAUAUAUUUAAAAAAAUAUAGAUUUAAAACAUAUAAAUAAAAAAUAAUAAGAAAAAAAACUGCAUAUUUGGUGAUGCUGUCUCAGGAACUCGGCUCAAAAAUGUUUUGUCUAGGCACCUGAUCAUCUUUUUAUUUUGUAAAAUGGAAUGAAUAUUGCAAUUGAAAGGAACUGAUACAUUCAGGGAAGGACUCAUCCAAACGUUUUCUAUUCUACGAUCUGUUAAUCUGAUAAUCACACUAGUUUUGCUUUGCACAUCGGUUAAUCUGAACACACGCCUGUUCCGCAAUGUUUUCCAAGAGACAGCUACCACAACAAUUUUGUGGAUUACCAGACAAUUAAUUAUUUUGUGUUUCUGAAUAAAUAUUGUAUCUAUUACACUGCAUUAGA